CUUUUUCUUCUUUUUUUAAAUACAUGUUGAAGAUAAAAGAAUCAUGGCUAAUUUGAAAUCAAACUCAUUGGCUUUAUCAGAUAAGAGAGAAGAUGUAGACAGUAAAAAUUACUAUGAUUUGGAAAAAAUAGAAAGAAGGGUUGAAGUCAUUCAUCAUAUAGAAGACUCCAAUUCAGUCUCAAUACAGUCGCAAGAAAUAAAUGAAGAAAACUCAAGUCAUAUUAUUCCUAAUGGUGGCUAUGGAUGGGUCAUUGCCUUUGUAGGUUUUUUGAUCAAUUUUGUUAUGUUUGGUACCUGUUCAAUCUGGGGUGUGUUUUCAAAUGCAUAUGCCACUAGCAUACUCAACAAUAAGACAACGACAAUGGAGCUUAUGGGUGUUGGUUCUCUUGCACUUAUUUGCAUCAACUUGUUUGCACCUAUUGGUUCAAUUCUAGCUAGCUAUGGAAUUCGGGUGGCAAUGGUUGUAGGGGGCACCAUAAUAUCAUCGGCACUCAUUUUAGCUAGCUUUAGUACUGAAGUGUGGCAUCUUUACCUAACACAAGCUUUGCUUUUUGGUACGGGUGGCUCUUUAGUUUAUAUGACUACCGUGAAUGCUAUUUCUCAAUGGUUUACAACGAGACGUGCUACAGCAAUGGGACUGAGUGCUUCAGGAACAGGGCUAGGAGGCUUAGUGCUUAGUCCUCUCACUAACUUUUUAAUUACAAAGUAUGGUCUUCCCUGGACCUAUCGUAUUAUUGGCCUUAUUGCGUUCAGCAUAAGUAUGAUUGCUGCUUGCCUCAUCCGAUCCAAUUUGCCACCAGAAAAGGUGAAACAGCCUAUUCGCUCACCUAUCAAGUUCUCAUUAUUCAAAAACAUCGAUUUUGUUAUUGCACUCUAUGGCUUGGUUAUUUCUAGUGCAGGAUACACAAUCCCGCUUUUCUAUAUACCAAAAUACUGCACAACAUACAAUAUAAGCUCUGCCGAUUCAUCCGUCAUUGUUGGUGUUGCCUUGGCUACCAAUGCAGUGGGUCGUCUAGUGAUUGGUUACAUUGCAGACCGUGUUGGACGCAUCAACAUGUAUAUCAUUGCUUCUACUGCCACUGGUCUUUUUUGUACGCUCAUUUGGCCCUUUGCAAAGACCUUUGGAUCCAUUAUGUUAUUUGCAGCAUUGUUUGGUUUUACUGGCGGCGUUUAUUAUAUACUUGCGGCUCCCAUUACCACAAUGGUUGUUGGGGUUGAAAAUGUUUCUUAUGGUCUAUCAAUUCUAUUUAUUGCUAGUUCAAUAGGCGGUAUUGGUGCUCCUGUUGCCUCGGCCAUUCAACAAAUUACACCUGAACAAAGCUAUAUUGGCGUGCAGAUAUUUUCUGGUGCUCUUUAUAUUUUAGGAGCACUUAUAUGUUUGAUUUUGAAGCUUAAAAUCAAUAAAUCAUUCUUCUCAUUUGCAUAAAAAAAAUAGCCGCAGAAUUUUUUUC